UUAUUAUUUUCCAAAAAAAUAAUUAUUCUUCAGCGUGGAGCUUGUUAGAGAGAGAGAAAAAAAAGCCUGAGGAAUCUCGCAGAAAUCUCGGUUCGAUUUUCGGGGUUGGAUUAGGGCUAAUCGGUUACGUUUCCCUUGUAUAUUCUUGCUCGUUUUCUCAGAAAUUUCUGCUGUUUGUGAGAAUCUAUUAUUAUUCAGGGUAUGAACCAUUGGAUAGCAAAGCACUGGUUUAGAGGCACAAGCACAAGGACAAGAGGACAGUUCCUUGGCCUGAAAAACAACCCAUGAAAAAAUCUUUUUCAUUUACUGGAAGUUAAAUGUUCAGAAAAGUGGCAUGGGCUUUGCAGUGUCAUUAUUUGUAAGAUUGGGAGGCAUAUAAUGAGUUGCACGAAGUUCAGAUUCAAUUAUGAUAACAAUCAUCGAAAACAUAAAAUUAAGGAUUGUUGGAGGAAGAAGAGGUGAACAGUGGCAGGCCCAGGAGUCCGAUCUCUAAAUAAGUGAGUUUACUUAUUUGGUGCACAAUGGUCUGUGGAAGGUGGUGUGAGAUUUGGCCAUUUAAAAGAAAAGAAAAAUUUAAUGCAAAAGAAAGCCUGUGCAGGUGAUAGAACAUAUCAGACAAUUAAGGUUUUUACUAGUACGUACUUCAUUAUGGAAAAGUGCAAUAGAUUAUCACAGGGUUGAAUGGUGGGUUAAAAAUGAAAGCAUAAGUGGAGAAAGCUAAUUUAUCAUAUAGUCAUAAAACAUGACUUCAGAUCAAACUCUUGCAUGUGUUCUUGGUGGUGGAUAAAGGAUCUUGGAGGAAUGUCAGACUUGUGCUUGUAUGAGCUUGAAGAUAAUGUGUGGGAUGAAUUUGAAGAAAGUGACGAUCAUAUAGUGCCUCAUCCUAUUAAUACACACGGAGAUCAUUCACCGAGAGACGGAAGUGGUUGCAAGAAGCGACAGAAUGAAGUAAUUGGUGCUGCUAAUCUUGAUACUUCAUCUAAAGUACACCGUGUCCAAGGAAAGGAGAAAAGAAAAUUACCUUAUGCGACCAGUGACCACAGUAUGUUGGAAAAGAGUCCAUGGGGUCACAAUCCUGAUAGUGUGUUUCCUGCAUAUGAAACUAAUGAAAUGAAAGAAGUGACUAGUAUAGCAUCUGAUGAUACAAUGAGGUCCACUCUUUCUUUCAAAAGUAGCAAUGUGGAAUCAGGAGCCUGUGAGUUCUGUGAUGAUGAUACUAUCAUGGGUGAUGGGUGUGCUGCAGUCAAUAAUAAUUUAUAUCGUUAUCCACUUAGUCAAGUACCCCAAACUGGCAAUGAUCUCAGUUUCUUUGAUAAUGAUAAUGAAGACAGAGAAAAUUCAGGUCUGCUAUUUUAUGGUUGGCCGGAUAUUGGAAAUUUUGAAGAUGUUGACAGGAUGUUUAGCAGAAACUGUGACUCAACGUUUGGAAUAGAGAGUCUCAGCAAUGAUGAGGAGUUGUGCUGGUUUCCGCCUUCAAAUGAUACUGAAGGGUCUGAAAACACAUUGAAGUCUGGAUUGAAAUUUUCAGGUUCAAAUGCUGGUUCAUCAGUAGGUGUCUCUGACCAUCAUGAAGAUUUUAAGCAAGACAAUGUAGGCCAUUCAAACCAUUCAGACAAGAAAAAUGGCUCUGCUGGUCACAGUGCGUGUUUACAAAAUACAGAUGCUGAUGAUCCUGCUGCUCUUGAUCAUGUAUCAUUUUUAAAUGGAUUAAAUACAAAAUCUGGAAGCAAGGAUAUCUUUAUGCCAAAAGAACAAAUUACUUUGUGUAAAAAGCAGCCAAAGCAACAGACCCAGUCAGAAGGGGAAAAUACAGAUCAAUACCUAGAAAGUGGUAUUUCCUUUCAGAGUUAUGAUAACUUGAAUGAAUUUACAGAUAUGAAGCACCCCCUUGAAGAAUUAUCCAGUCAAAUUUAUUCUGCGCAUAGUAUUCAACAACACAAGCAAAGUGCAGGAUCAGAUUCGAUGAGUUAUGUACAUAGUAAACUUCCGUAUGUGCACCUGGAGUACACUCACCACUCCGAUAUUUCAGUCUGUCCAACUCCCUCUGGUACAAAAUCUGAGAACAAUGGCUGUCCAUCUCCUACCGUGAAGGAGUCCUCCUACACAUCUAACCAGUUACAGUCUAUGGAUGGUUCUCGUGAUGCUACAAUGGUGACUCCUGCCAUAAAAAUGAGUGGAAAGAGAGAAAAGUUAUAUAGCUGCAAGGGUGUCCAAUCCUCUUUUACUACGAAUUUUGAGGAUGUGGCCUCAACAAGUCCAACGGCAUUGAAAGGUGCAGCUUUAAAUCAGAAGCAAAUGCAACAAUCUGAAAAUCAGAUUGAAGGUCAAAGUGAUGUUGAAGGAAGCAGCAUUGAUAAUCCAGCUGAAUUGGAUUCAACUGUACAGGAGAGUUCUUGUCUUAGCUCUGUACUGAAUGAUAUCUCAGUUGAAGCAAGAAGUUUUCGCCAGCUGCAGCAAGUUAUGGAAAAGUUGGAUGUCAGGACAAAAUUGUGCAUAAGAGACAGUCUCUAUCGGUUGGCUAGGAGUGCCGAACAGAGGCAUAAUUGUGCUAAUCAAAGAAGUGGCAGUAUAGAUAGCAGAGAUACUAAUGGAGCAUUGAUGAUUGACGAAACAAACAAGUGCACUGGAUUUAUGGACAUUGAAACUGAUACAAAUCCAAUAGACCGGUCUAUAGCACACUUGCUGUUUCACCGACCUUCAGACCCAUCUAGAGUGCAUUCUAAAGAAAGAUCGCUUAGACCUCAUGUUUUGAUUCAUGAGUCUGUUUCUAAUCCGCCAAUGAUGACUGAGAAUCAGGUUUUCCAGGAAGAAACAACGGCUCGUGGUGAAAAAGAGACUGAUAACUAAUGACAGAUAAACUCUGGUUAGCAUCGGUUCAUCUAUUGUGAAAUAUUUUGUUAAGAAGUACUUUUAAUGUCUCAUAAAUAAUGUUUCCUGAGGCCCAAUGUCAGUGAAAGGUCAAUCCCAUGUGUUUGAUCUUGCCUGUUUUAUUUUUCUAGUAGUAUUUUUCGUUGUGUAUCCGGAGUAGCUAUGAAAAGUUGUUUGUUCUCUGAUCUAUCCUUUAGAGUCCAGAGUAUACUAUUCCUUCUGUUGUUAGAGUUGGCUCUCAUUUGUUACUGGCAAUUUUGCCUUCUCAUCUUUUAUUGACAUGUAUUCUAACUUGGUUCCAAGAUAUGUUAGGAUUAUCGAAAUAUUGACCUUCUAAACUUUGUUUGUAUCUAUUCUCGUUGGAUUUCUACUAUAUAUAAACUACAAAUCAUUGUAACUAAAUUUGCUUGUUUAAGCCAAAUGGACUUGUCGGUUUGACUCCA